AAAAACAGUAGGUAAUCUGUAUCACACUCAAUGAUCUUCUUAUAAUGGGUAGUGGAGGGUAACCUUUAGUGUUGUACGUAUUAAUUUCUUUGCCUAUAUAAGGAUAUGUUCAUCCAUGAAUCUUUAUGUGCUAAGUGAAGCUCAAGUGAGAGAGAGAGAGAGUUUUGAGUUUUGUUAACUGAUCAAGCUCUGUUCCUACGGAGACUUGAGAAAGAAGAAAAAAAACAAUGGAUGGCAAGACGAGUUUAACUGUUGCGGAUGCAGUAGACUGCAAGGGUUUCCCAGCUGAUAGAUCAAAAACCGGUGGUUGGGUGCCUGCUGCACUAAUCCUUGGAAUUGAAAUAUGUGAGAGACUGUCAACAAUGGGAAUAGCAGUGAAUUUGGUGACAUAUUUGGGUGGAACCAUGCACCUCCCAAGCUCAACUUCAGCCAAUGUGGUCACUGAUUUCUUGGGCACAUCUUUCCUCUUGUGCCUACUUGGUGGCUUUUUAGCAGACACUUUUCUUGGCAGAUUCAAAACUAUUGUCAUCUUUGCCUCUAUUCAGGCACUUGGUACAGGCACACUGGCAUUAUCAACAAAACUACCAAACCUAAGGCCACCACCAUGCCAUUCAAAUAACAACUGCCAAGAAGCAAACGGAUUCCAAAUGGGAAUCCUCUACCUCGCAUUGUAUCUCAUCGCACUCGGGACAGGCGGUCUCAAAUCCUCCGUCUCAGGAUUUGGUACUGACCAAUUCGACGACAAAAACGAAGCUGAAAAGACACAAAUGGCCUAUUUCUUCAACAGGUUUUUCUUCUUCAUCAGUCUUGGAGGACUCUUGGCGGUUACAGUCCUUGUGUACAUACAAGAUGAAGUUGGUAGAAGCUUGGCAUAUGGGAUUUGUACGAUUUCAAUGUUCGUCGCUAUUGUGGUGAUCUUGUCGGGAAUAAAAAGAUAUCGGUACAAAAAGCGUCAAGGAAGCCCGAUUGUUAGUAUUUUUCAAGUACUUGUUGCGGCUAUAAAAAAGAGGAAUUUGAAUCUUCCUUAUGAUAUUCACAUGUUGCAUGAAAACACUCCUGAUGGUUCAAGGAUCCAUCACACGAAUCAAUUUCAGUGCUUGGACAAGGCUGCGAUUGUAGCAGAAGGAGAUUUUGUGAAAACUGGCUCGGGUUCUACGGUAAAUCCAUGGAAGUUGUGCACAGUGACCCGGGUGGAAGAAGUUAAAAUGAUGGCCAGGUUGUUACCGGUUUGGGCGACAACGAUAUUGUUUUGGACCGCCUAUGCUCAAAUGAUCACAUUUUCUGUCGUACAAGCAUCCACUAUGGAACGAACUGUUGGCGGGUUCAUGAUCCCUGCAGGAUCACUCACUGUCUUCUUUGUGCUCGCUAUAUUGCUUACUUGCGCUGUUUACGAUUGUUUGAUCAUCCCUUUUUGGAAGAAAUGGAAAGGAACACCAGGUUUCACUGAUCUACAAAGAAUGGCAUUAGGGUUGAUUCUCUCAACCUUAGGAAUGGCUGUAGCCGCAGUGAUUGAAAUGAAGCGAUUAUCGGUAGCCAAGUCCGUUGGUGGAAACACAACCGAAAACCCGUUACCAAUAAGUGUAUUCAUCCUCAUCCCUCAGUUCUUGCUAGUAGGCGCGGGUGAGGCAUUCAUAUACACUGGCCAGUUAGAUUUCUUCAUCACAAGAUCACCAAAAAGCAUGAAGACCAUGAGCACCGGGCUCUUUUUGACAACACUUGCACUCGGGUUUUUCAUGAGCAGUUUUCUGGUAUCCGUGGUGAAGAAGGUGACUGGAAGCCGUGACGGAGAAGGGUGGCUCGCGGAUGAUAUCAACCAUGGAAGAUUGGAUUGCUUCUAUGGAUUGUUGUCGAUUUUGGGUGUGAUAAACUUUAGUGUUUAUCUUGUGGUGGCAGCUUGGAACAAGAAAGAGGAUAAAACACCAAAAGUGGUGGAUGUGGUCUGAUUAUUAAUGACUCCUUUGAUUGUGUAUUUUUUUAUGUUCUUCAAUGUUGUUAUAAUGUUCAAGAAUAAUUAUAUGUAAUUUCGCUUGGUUAAGUUGUUAACCAUAUGAAAGCAAUUCAUGUGCAUCAUUGGAAAAUUGCAUAUUAUUAUGCACAUGAAAGAAGUUAUUUUUUGCAUCUUGUAUGAUUUAGAGUUCAAUAGUAUGAUGAAAAGAAUUAAUUGA